ACCAUAUAUAUGAAAAACUUCAAGUAAUGGCUUAUGCAAUCCCCUUUAUCAUUUUAAUGCAAGUUUGCACCAUUAUCAAUGUUGUUACUGCAAGCAAUGACUUGAAAUUGAGAUCAAAAUUCUCAUCCAUUUUAGUCUUUGGUGACUCAACCGUAGACACAGGAAACAAUAACUACAUCAAAACAUUGGCCAAAGGAAAUCAUUUACCAUAUGGUAGGGAUUUUCCUAAUCAUGUACCUACAGGUAGAUUUUCUAAUGGAAAAUUGGCUAUUGAUUUUCUUGCAUCUACAAUGAAUCUCAAAGAUACUGUCCCUCCUUUCUUGGACCCAAACCUUUCAAAUGAAGAGCUUCUAACAGGUGUUAGCUUUGCAUCUGGAGGAUCAGGUUUUGAUGAUUUGACGAUAGCUUUAUCAGGUGCUAUAUCAAUUUCCAAACAAAUUGAAUAUCUCAAAAAUUAUGUGACAAAGGUUAAAAGCAUUGUAGGGGAAAAAGAAGCUAAAAAUAGACUUGGAAAUGCUUUGGUGAUUAUUAGUGCUGGAACUAAUGACUUCCUUUUCAAUUUUUAUGAUAUUCCAACUAGAAGGUUGGAGUUCAACAUUAGUGGAUACCAAGAUUAUAUUCAAAGUAAACUCCAAAUUUUCAUUGAGGAACUAUAUGACCUUGGAUGCAGAAAAUUUGCUGUGGCUGGGCUUCCAUCUAUUGGUUGCAUACCUGUUCAAAUAACAGCUAAGUUUGUAAAUUUAAAGGAUCGGAAAUGUGUGGAGGAUGAGAAUUUAGAAGCUAAGAUUUAUAACCAAAAAUUGGCUCGGAGAUUACUUAAAUUACAAGCAGUUCUUCAAGGAAGCAGAAUUAUAUAUACAAAUAUAUAUGACCCUUUGAUUGGCCUUAUCUAUCAUCCUCAAAAAUAUGGUUUCGUGGAAACAAGCAAAGGAUGUUGCGGAACUGGCUUAUUUGAAGUAACUCCAUUGUGUAAUGAACUCACACCAGUUUGUAAUGAUGCCUCAAAAUAUGUAUUUUGGGAUAGCGUACAUCCAACUCAAGCAACCUACAAAUAUAUUGCUAAGUACUUAGAAUUGGAAGUCCUGCCUAAGUUCCAAUUUCAAAGAGAUUAUAAUAUAUUUGAUUGAAGUUGAGAAAUUUGUACUUCAUUGUAUAUAGUACAAAGAAUAUGAGAUCAUUUGGGAGUCUAUGUACU